AUGGAUGCGAAGGGAGACGGCGCAGUGCAAAGGGCCGCUGGCCGCAGAAUUGUGGGGCCCUGCUUAGCCGGGCUGCUGCUGGCCGCCAGGCCGAGCCUUGGCUUUGCAGGGCCGAAUGCCAAUGCUCGAGCUCCCAAAGCGCGCUUCACCGGCGCCGGCGGCGGCAUUGGCCGCGCCGACUUUGGCCGGGGCAGGCCACGCACUGCUCGCAGCGCUGUCCCUGUGGCCGUGGCCAUAGUGCGAGAGGUGUGGCGGACCUUCCGUGCCAGCAUGUUGGCCUAUGUCACCAUCCCCGUCGUAGCAGCCAUCGUGGGCUAUGGCACCAAUUGGGUUGGAGUCAAAAUGAUUUUCUACCCGAUUGAGUUUCUGGGAUUGAACAUCCGGAGAUGGCCCGAGACACCGUUGGGCUUCAUCGGUUGGCAGGGCAUAGUGCCCUGCAAAACAGGGAAGAUGAGCAGGCGGCUGGUGGACAUAAUCACAGAGAAGCUUCUGAGUUUGAGGGAGGCGUUCGGGCGCCUGGACCCCGCGAAGCUGGCGGAGCUGCUGGAGCCGUCGGUGGCUAAUGCAAUAGAGCACGAUGCUGCCUGGGGGGAGGUUUGGAUUACCUUGACCCGGCCGCAGCUGCGGCCGGUGCUGGUGGAGCUGGUGAAGGACAUGCAGCGGGAGAUCGAGUCGCUGCUUGACCUGAAGCAGGUCGUCUCGAGCGCCUUCCUGCGCGACAAGGUGCUGCUUGGAGAGCUGUUCCAAAAAGCUGGCCGGAAGGAGCUGGAGUUCCUGGUGAAUUCUGGUCUCAGCUUUGGCUUCUUCCUCGGUAUCUUGCAGAUGCUUCUGUGGAUUUGCUUCCCCAACAACUGGGUCCUUCCAGUAGGAGGUGCCCUGGUUGGUUACAUCACGAACUGGGUGGCCAUCAAGCUGAUCUUCGAUCCUGUCGAGCCUGUGCAGGUGGGUCCUUUCACGUUCCAGGGCCUCUUUGAGAAGCGGCAGGUGGAGGUCUCGGAAGAGUUUUCCCAGUUCUUGGCAGAGCGAGUCCUCACUUCCCAGCGCCUCAUUGGCGAGAUCGCCAACGGCGCCAACAAUGAGAAGUACCGGGCCUUGGUGCGCAGAGCCGUGCCUGGCGUGGUGCCAGACCACGUGGUGACAGCGGCUGCCAACUCUCUGAAGAAGGUGGCGCUGGAGCCGGCGAACCACCCGGUGCACGUCUACGUGGACAAAGAGCUCCGCCUACAGGAGACGUUGUUCAAGCGGCUGUGCAAGCUGACCUCCCCGGAGUUCGAGAACCUCCUACACCCUGUCUUCCAGGAGGAUGAGCUCACGCUCAUCGUGGCGGGCGGCGUCCUGGGCGCCGCGGCCGGCUUCCUGCAGAUGACCUGUGGGUGGGGCGGGCCCUCCUCGGAGGGUGCGGUGGCUGCGGCGCUGAAGCUGAGCGCCAGUGCAGGCGCCGGCGCCGCGGCCACGAAGGCGGCGCUGAUGGUGCCGCCACAGCUGCUGAGAUGGGUCGGCAGGUCCUUGCAGCGGCUUUGGAGACCGCGAUCGCCCGCUCUGCGCGAGCGGAGAGGGCAAGAAGGGGCACUCCAAGGCCUCCAUCUUCGGGGCCGACAAAUAUUUGGAGGAAAGAAGAAGUACGCCCACGAUCACGAGAUCGCGGCCCUGAAGAAUCUCCUGCCCGGCGACAACGACGCAAAUGCCGCAGGGGUGGCCCAGAGCCAGGAUUAG